CCCGGCCGCCGCCUCGCUCUGUAAGGACACUGUCGUUGCACUGCGGCCCCGAGUGGUCCAGAACCCACCUGCUGCCUGGGUCCUGCACAGAGACCUCUUGCCACCCAAGGCACGGCGCAGGCCCUGGGGGUCGGAACGCGCACACGUCUUUGGGGGCCACCAUUCACCCACCCCAGGGCCCCUCUCCCCGCCCAGCCACCUGCUCCCUCCCCACCACCUCCUAACGUGGUUCCUGGCUUCUUAGGACACUGGGGACAGGGGGCCUCAGGCAGAUCAGCCAGGCUCCUGUGUCCUCUGGGGUGGGGCCGGGGUGCAGGGCCUGGCCCCCCCAGAUUCUGCAGACGCCACCAUCACAGAGCCCACUGUGUUGUCACAGCCCGUGGAAUCCUUGGGCUGGGCCGGGCCGGGCGGGGCCACUUGGUCACUGCCGGGAAGACCUGCCAGAGGAAGGGAUGCCCGUGCAGCUGAGGGACCGUGCCCGGCUCCGGCCAGGCCCAGCGAGGGUACCAGUCACCACGCAGGCCUGCGUGGGAGGCGGCCCCAUGCGGGGGCCUGUGAAGAGAGCCACGAGGGGGCCUGGACUCCUCAAGACGCCCAGGAGGGGACCUGAGGGAGGACCCACAUCCCCCCAGGAACCCUUCAAGGCACCUGUGAGGGGACCCGCGAAGGAAUCCAUGAGGGACCCUGAGCCUGUGAGGGGACCCGCGAAGGAAUCCAUGAGGGACCCUGAGCCUGUGAGGGGACCCGCGGAGGAAUCCAUGAGGGACCCUGAGCCUGUGAGGGGACCCGUGGAGGAAUCUGUGAAGGACCCUGAGCAUUUGAGGGUACCCUUGGAGGAAUCUGUGAGUGCCCCUGAGCAUGUUGGGGGACCCAUGGAGGAAUCCAUCAGGGACCCUGAGCAUAUGAAGGGACCCAUGGAGGAAUCCAUCUGGGACCCUGAGCCCGUAAGGGGACCCAUGGAGGAAUCCAUCUGGGACCCUGAGCCCGUAAGGGGACCCAUGGAGGAAUCCAUCUGGGACCCUGAGCCCGUAAAGGGACCCAUGGAGGAAUCUGUGAGGGACCCUGAGGCCGUGAGGGGACCCGUGAUGGAAUCCGUGAGGGACCCUGAGGCUGUGAGGGGACCCGUGAUGGACCCUGAGGCUGUGAGGGGACCCGCGAUGGAAUCCGUGAGGGACCCUGAGGCUGUGAGAGGAUCCAAGGAGGAAUCUGUGAGGGUCCCUGAGCCAGUGACAGAUCCUGUGAGGGGACCCAUGAUGGAAUCCGUGAGGGACCCUGAGCCAGUGAGAGAUCCUGCAAGGGAACCCCUUAAGGAACCUGAACCCGUGAGGGGACGCGUGAAGAAAGCCACGAGGGACCCCGAGCUCUUACGGGGACCCGUGGAGAAAGCCAUGAGGGACCCCGAAGUCUUUAGGGGACGCGUGAAGAAAGCCAUGAGGGACCCUGAGUCCUUGAGGGGACCCGGGAAGAAAGCCAUGAGGGACCCCGAGCUCUUACGGGGACCCGUGAAGAAAGCCAUGAGGGACCCCGAGCUCUUACGGGGACCCGGGAAGAAAGCCAUGAGGGACCCCGAAGUCUUUAGGGGACCCGGGAAGAAAGCCAUGAGGGACCCCGAGCUCUUACGGGGACCUGUGAAGAAAGCCAUGUGGGACCCCGAACCCGUGAGGGGACCUGUGAAGAAAGCCAUGAGGGACCCCGAACCCGUGAGGGGACCCGUGAAGAAAACCAUGAGGGACUCUGAGCCCGUGAGGGGACCCGUGAAGAAAGCCAUGAGGGACCUUGAAGUCUUUAGGGGACCCGUGAAGAAAGCCAUGAGGGACCCCGAGCUCUUACGGGGACCUGUGAAGAAAGCCAUGCGGGACCCCGAGCCCAUGAGGGGACCCAGGAAGAAAGCCAUGAGGGACCCCGAGCCCGUGAGGGGACCCGUGAAGAAAGCCAUGCGGGACCCCGAGCCCGUGAGGGGACCCGGGAAGAAAGCCAUGAGGGACCCCGAGCCCGUGAGGGGACCCGUGAAGAGACCCCUGAGGGAAGCAGUGAAGAGGUUCCUGAGGGGCCUUGGGAAGAUCCCCCUGCGGGAUCCGCUGAGGAGACCUGUGGGAGGACCUAUGGCCUGGAACUUGCAUCCCCUGCCUCAGCCUCGGAGGCAGCGGGAUGUGCGGGAGACGCGGCGGCGGCACGAGCGGCGCCUGGUGGAGGUGGACAGCGGCCGGCAGCAGGAGUACGACGUGCGCCUGGCGCAGGCCCUGGAGGAGCUGCGCAGCCAGCAGGACGAGCACGUGCGGCUGUACCGCCUGGAGCUAGAGCAGACCUACCAGGCCAAGCUGGACCACGCCAAGCUGAGCUCUGACCAGAAUGACAAGGCGGCCAGUGCUGCCCGUGAGGAGCUGAAGGAGGCCCGCAUGCGGGUCGAGUCCCUCAGCUACCAGCUCUCCAGCCUCCAGAAGCAGGCCAGUGCUGCUGAGGACCGCAUCCGAGAGCUGGAAGGGGCCAUGACUGGGGAGCGGGAGAAGUUCCGGAAGAUGCUGGACGCCAAGGAGCAGGAGAUGAUGGAGAUGCGUGAUAUGAUGCAGCAACAGCUGGCCGAGUACCAGGAGUUGCUGGACGUCAAGUUGACCUUGGACAUGGAGAUCAGCGCCUACCGCAAGCUCCUAGAGGGCGAGGAGGAGAGGCUGAAGCUGUCUCCCAGCCCCUCCUCACGGGUCACCAUCUCACGGGCCACCUCGAGCAGCAGCAGCAGCAUGUCCACAGCUGGGCGUUCAAGCCGAAGCAAGCGCCGGCGUCUGGAGGCGGAGGAGCCCCCAGGCAGCGGCUCAAGUGGCAUUGGCUCGGGCAGCAUUGGCUCGGGCAGCAGCAGCAGCUUCCGCCUGGCCCAGCAGGCCUCGGCCACUGGCAGCGUCAGCAUCGAGGAGAUUGACCUGGAGGGCAGGUUCGUGCGGCUCAAGAACAACUCGGACAAGGAUCAGUCCCUGGGGAACUGGAGGAUCAAGAGGCAGGUCCUCGAGGGCGAUGAGAUCGCCUAUAAGUUCACACCCAAGUACGUCCUGCGGGCCGGCCAGACAGUCACGGUGUGGGCAGCUGGUGCCGGGGUGGCCCACAGCCCCCCCGCCACCCUGGUGUGGAAGAGCCAGAGCAGCUGGGGCUCGGGCGAGAGUUUCCGCACUGUGCUGGUCAACGCCGAUGGAGAGGAAGUGGCCACAAGAGCAGUGAAGCAGUCUUCUGUGGUGCGAGAGAACGAGAAUGGGGAGGAAGAGGAAGAGGAAGCCGAGUUUGGCGAGGAGGAUCUUUUCCACCAGCAGGGGGACCCACGGACCACCUCGAGGGGCUGCUGCCUGAUGUAACCGAGCACUCGGCAUCUGCACACUGUUCCUCUCCCAGAGCCACUGAAAACUAUUUUUCUAUCAUUGGCUUUCCUUAGUCUUUGGUCUGUUUCUAGCUGAUUUUUAAGCAAACUGCCAACUCACGCGGGUCAGCAUACCUUGACCUCACCUGGGCACACCUUGCCACUUCAGACUCCCACCCCCGCCAUUCCACUGCCUUCCACCCCCGGGGACCCUGGGGGCUGAGGGGCUGCACCUGGGUGCUGUGGAGGGCCGCCUCUGCCUCAGUGGCAGACCUGGCCUGAGGAGGGACAGAAACCACCCCUCGGGCCCGGGUGGACAGAAUGUGAAACUGUGUAGGGAUUCUAUAGCUACAGGAUUUCUUGAACGCUU